UCUUUUAACAGCUACCACGUAUCGCUCCGUAGCUACGUAAACACGUGCACCUCGCUGCUUCCAGUUCCAGGCUUUUUCACUCCGCCGUCAUCCUCGCGGCUCGCGCUACUUACAUCACUCCUUGACAACAGCAGCGAUGGCGGAGCCCGUAGCAUCGGAUGCGGCAGCAGCAACGGACGAAACGGCCACGGCAGCAUCCCCGACACACGGCCUGUCUCCCGCACCGAGCCCGGGGUCGGAGCCUCUAUCCAUGGCUCUGUCUCCCACCGCAGACGGCUCCCAGCGGCUGCUGUUCUCCCACGACCUGGUCUCGGGACGGUAUCGCGGCUCAGUCCGGUAUGGCAUCGUGCGAAUGAUCCACGGGGAGGAGGAUUUUAACUCGGAUUCGGACGUCGACGACGGCAGAGGGAGAGGCGGCGGUGAUGGUGGCGGCGGCGGCGGCGGCGCAGGGGGAGGAGGACGAGUCGCGUGCGGUUCGGAUACGGAAAGUGGCGUGGACACCCCGAGUCGGCCUCUCGGUAGGGGAUUUGUCCGCGUGCAGUGGUACCCCGAAGGAGCCAAGCAGGACAUCAGAGAGACAAAGCUGAAGCUUGAAGACCGGUCUAUCGUCAUUAGAGACAUUGUGCGAAGGAAUAACUCUGCUGACAACCAGUGUGGUAUUGUGACUAACAUCGAUAUCGAGUGUGCUGUGAAGUUUGUGGGAACAAACUGUGUCCUGUACCCAGUAAACAGCAAAGACCUGCAGCACAUCUGGUCAUUUAUGUACGGCGACUACAUCGCCUACGACUUCUGGCUGGGCAAAGUCUACGACCUGACCAAUCACAUCAUCCUCAAGCUUUCAAAUGGAGCCAGAUGCUCCAUGAGCGUGGAAGACGGUGCCAAGCUUUACGAUGUCUGUCCACAUGUCAGUGACUCGGGUUUGUUCUUUGACGAGGCGUACGGCUUCUACCCAGGCCAAGUCCUGAUCGGACCGGCUAAAGUGUUCUCUAAUGUACAGUGGCUGUCAGGGGUCAAACCUGUCCUUAGCAGGAAGUGCAAGUUUAGGGUGGUAGUGGAAGAGGUGAAAGUGGUGGAGCUGAAAGUGACGUGGAUCACCAAGAGCUAUUCUCCUAAAGGCUCUGACAGCGUGUUUCCACCUCCCUCCACCAUCACAGAGGAAAACCUUCACAGGGUGAGGCGCCUGGGCUACUAUGACCACACCCAAAGGGAGCUGGGAGAAAGGGCUCUGUACAUCAUCCCUGCCAAAGGCAGUGCCACAUGCAUGACCUGUGAUGGACCAGAAGGGGCCCAUUUCCUGCCAGAGGAUCCAAUUGCCAGAAAGCUAAAACGGGUUUUCAAAAAGGAGUCUGGCAGGAAGACGGAGCAUGCUGACUUCCAAGGCGAGCACAAAACGGAGCAGACGGACCCGUCUCAUCUGAACAACGGGCCUUUGAUGCCGGCGCAGAACCCCAUGGAAACCAAGAGCACCAACGACGGCACGGCUGAACUCGGGGAGCAGGAUGCAGAUGACGAAGGUGCAGAGGACACUGAUGACACCAGCUCUCUCACGUCAUCUGCCAGCUCCACCGCCUCCUCCCAGAGCGGCGGCCUGGGGACCAACCGCAAGAAAAGCAUCCCGCUGUCCAUUCGCAACCUGAAGAGGAAGCACAAAAAGAAGAGGACCAAGUUCUCCCGCGAGUUCAAGCGCGGAGACCGGGUGGCGGUGGAAGUUGUAUCAACAAAGACCACAGCUGAUGUGAUGUGGAAGGAUGGGCGGGUGGAGAAGGGGAUCAGGUCAAACGAGCUCAUCCCCAUUCAGCACCUGGACAGCCACGAGUUCUGCCCUGGAGAUUUUGUGGUAGACAAACGACCCCAAGCCCUGCAGGAUCCAGGAGUAUACGGUGUGAUCCAGUCUGGCGAUCACAAGGGCAGAACAUGUGUGGUUAGGUGGAUCAAACUGAACUCCACGGGGGACGAUGUAGAGGUUAUCGGUGUGGAGGAGGACGUCAGUGUGUACGACAUCGCAGAUCAUCCAGAUUUCCAUUUCCGCACGGCAGACAUCGUUAUCAGGAUAUGGAACUCUGAGAACGGGCAGAACGACUGUGAGAACGAGACGUCAGUGGGCCAGGUGUCCCGGGUGGAUGUGAGCAGUAAAGUUGAGGUUGUGUGGGCCGACAACUCCAAAACCAUCGUCCUGCCACAACACCUCUACAACGUGGAGUCUGAGAUCGAGGAGACCGACUAUGACUCUGUGGAGGACACAAGCAGCGUCCUGUCCACAGAGGAGUGGGAGGACGAGAGCGACAGCUGGGAGACGGACAACGGCGUGACCACCGAGGACGACAGCCACGCCAACAACACAGAUGCCACCUACACGGUGACUCCAACCCCCACACCCACUGGGUCCUCGGUGUUCAUCAUCCCACCACAGGAGGGCAGCAAGCCUGAUGUGACCAGUCCCACCAAAGGAGCCCCUGGAGAGGAGGGAGAGGCGUCUGUGGCCGUGGCCAGUCCAUCGUCUGCAGGAGCCCACGCAGGAACGACUCCAGGAGGAACAGUAAACGGAGCGGAGAAGCCCAACAAGGACUGCGCCUCUCGAGGCUUCCGAGAGCUGAAAGAAGCGCUGAAGAUCCUGGAGAGCUUAAAGAACAUGACGGUGGAGCAGCUGUGGACAGGCGGCUCGCCCACCUCCCCGACCUCCGCCGAGCCCGCUUCCACCACCAACGUAGCAACUUCGCUGACGCCAGCGGCGCCCGAGAAGCCCACCAAGGAGAAGCGCUUCCUGGACGACAUCAAAAAGCUGCAGGAGAACCUGAGGAAGACGCUGGACAACGUGGCCAUCGUGGAGGAGGAGAAGAUGGAAGCUGUGGUGGAGGCGGUCGGCAGCGGAGGCGCGGGAACCGAGGCUGAAAGGAGUGGAGAGGAGAAGCCCCAGCAGGAGCCACAGACACCGGUGGGUGGGCAGGAGUGGCCCAGCGAGUUCCUCAGUGACACGCCGGUGCUGUGCCAACAGAGCGGAGGAAAGCCAGGAGUGACCUUCACCAGUGCCAAGGGGGAGGUGUUCUCAGUGCUGGAGUGGGCACCGGACACGCAUUCGUUUAAGAAGAUGGAGUUUCAGCCGGCAGAGGCAAAGAAGUUUUUCAGCACUGUGAGAAAAGAAAUGGCUCUGCUGGCUACGUCCCUGCCUGACGGGAUCAUGGUGAAAACGUUCGAGGACCGCAUGGACCUGUUUUCAGCGCUGAUCAAAGGGCCCACCAGAACCCCCUACGAGGACGGGCUCUUCCUGUUCGACAUCCAGCUGCCCAACAUCUACCCGGCCGUCCCGCCGCUCUUCCGCUACCUGUCCCAGUGCAGCGGCCGCCUCAACCCCAACCUGUACGACAACGGCAAGGUCUGCGUCAGCCUGCUGGGCACCUGGAUCGGCAAGGGGACAGAGAGGUGGACCAGCAAGUCCAGCCUGCUGCAGGUCCUCAUCUCCAUUCAAGGUCUGAUCCUGGUCAACGAGCCGUACUACAACGAGGCCGGCUUCGACAGCGACCGGGGUCUGCAGGAGGGCUACGAGAACAGUCGCUGCUACAACGAGAUGGCGCUGAUCAAGAUGGUGCAGUCCAUGACGCAGCUCCUCCAGAACCCCAUCGAGGUCUUCAAGCAGGAGAUCCAGGAGCACUUCGCCUCCAGCGGCUGGCGGCUGGUGCACCGCCUGGAGGCGUGGCUGGAGCUGAGCGAGGCUGCCGAGCGGAGCCACGCGGCGCACUCCUCCUCCAGGAGCCACCACCCCAAGGACGAGCAGCUGCUCCCCGGUCUGGUGGCGGUGGCCCACAGCAGCCCCGCCAAGCCCGGCGAGGAGGGGGCGCCGGCAGUCAGCAGCAUCCUGGAGGAGGAGCUGGAGGAUUCAGGACUGAGUCCGUCCACCACAGCAGCCGCUCAGCAGGAGCUGAGCCACAACUCGGACUGCGACAGCACUCAGGGGAGCGUGGCCCCGGGCGGGGACAGGGCCGGCCCCUCCGGCUCCGCGCUCCGCGGCGGGACGUCGGAUUCAGGGCCCGGCACAGCUGGCUCUGCGGCGGGGAGCCAACCAGUGGUGCGACCAAAGAAGAGACGGAAGAGCUACCGCAGCUUUCUCCCAGAGGGCAGCGGCUACCCAGACAUCGGCUUCCCGCUCUUCCCGCUCUCCAAGGGCUUCGUGAAGAGCGUGAGAGGCGUGCUGCAGCAGUACCGAGCCGCGCUGGCCGCCGCCGCCGUCCCUCAGCACACAGAGGACAAGUAAGUGCCUCCUCAGCGUUUCCCCGACACACCUGCACUGUCCCCUGCUCUCUUCCUCUCUUUCACCUGCCUUCAGUCUUAGAGGGGAUGAUUACUACUGACAGAGGGAGGGGGGCUCCUCUAGCCAGCCCUCCUGAGCUGCACUGUGCCCCCCCACUGCCCGCCGUCUUCCCCCCCACCUUUCCGUUCUCUCUGCUCCUGCUGCGCUCACCUCUGCAUUCUGACGCUUUCUGCGGUGGGAUCAGCACCUGAUGGAGGUCCACCUCAUUAAUGUGUUUCUCUCUCCUUUAGUUACCCCUCAGAUGAGUGUGAUGGCUAACACACACACACACACACACACACACACACACACACACACACCGAUCGGUGUGCUCUGGUUGGGAAGCACACUGAGCUCCAACCAGAGCUGCUGCUGCUGGUGAAGCCGCUGCCCCUCUGUCACAUGACCAACCUGGAUCUGCUUUCACUGGCUGGGUGGGUAUCACCGGGUCACCACGCCCCUACAGGCCGCCGGGGGAACCGCAGCCGUCUGUAGCACUCCUGACGUCACGGCCGUGCCAUCCUGCUCCACCAACACAUGAAGCAGGUCUGACUCCGGGGAGGGAGGUGGGCAAAGACACCCGGCGUUUACCGGCUGCAAGCUUUCUGCCAAAUUCUCCUCGGUCACAGACCAACUGCCAGCCGGCGCCGCUUCACCCGCACCGUCACCGCGCCGCCGUUUUCCUCGCCCAGCGCCACGGCGGAGCCACGUUUACACCAGACCGCCCUGUCUGUGUGAGGACGGCACCGCCCAAGUGAAACGCUGCGGAGCCGGAUGUGUGUGCUGUGAUUUAGGGGGUUGCUUUUGUUUUUUUGUUUUUAAUAGAGUGAAGGUGUUGCAUCACUGCAUAGGACACAGUUUGAAGAGCUAAAAAGCAGCAUCCAUUCCAUCAUCUCCUGUCAACACAUUGCCUUACUUGAAUAGUUCCUGAUGAGGUGGUGAACAGACCUGCUGGUGGUACAGACUCAGUAAAAACCACUGCACCACAUCUGGCUGUCCGCUCCUCAUGCUGAGUGUCGUUUUAAUUCCUCCUGGUUGCACGUGCAGUUAAACAAGCGGUGGGGGUGGGCUUCUUUCACUCCGAUCACACGGUUUAUCCUGGCAGCCAGGGCAGCGGAGCGAGAUCAGAGCACAAAGGGGAUCUGGAAGCUCAGGUCUGUCCUGCCUGGAUGCAGUGUGGAGCCACUUUAGUUUGUUUUUGUACCAAUUUAACCACCGAAUUCAUUGCUUUGCUGAAGAAUGUGUUGUGAACUCACCUUUGGGUGCUUCCUGGGGGAACUCAGCAGUCUUUGUUUACAUCUUUUUAGAUGACAGCUUACAUUUUCCACAUUAUUGCGCCUCUCAUAGUCUGGAACCACCUGAGUGCUUGCUGUGAUCUGACGUGAACCAGAGAGCGUCGGCUCUCUCUAGUACUUGAACUACGGACUCUGAAGCUGAGAAGUGUUUUUGAUAAAGAGCACACUGUGCCAUUUUGGACCUCUGAGUAGAAGUAUGAGCCAAGAGCUGCUGUGUUUUAAAAUGAAUAAAAAGAUGAGUGAGUGUGUAUUUUGCAUCGUCUUCCGUGCUUUCCCUCCGUCUCCCCCGAGUCUGUGUCCCGUCACUCCCGCCCCGGAUGUGUCCUCGUCCUCUCUGGGUUUUGCUCUGUCGCCGUUCGUCUGCCUGUAACGCUGCGAGGCGACGUUGGCGCCCAGGCCGCAGCGCCUUUACGUUCUCCCCUUCUCACCGCUGUCCAUAUCAGAGAAAACUUCACGUUGAGCCUGGAAGCAAUAUAAAUGCCAACAGCUCUUUUCACCUUCAUCUUUUCAUGAACAAACAGAAAAUGUGAAGCGGCAAGUUAAAGUCCGGCAGGAUAAUCCGGCCUGUGUAGAAUUUCCUGUGUUUGUGUAUAUUGUUCUGAUUUGAACCAUUCUUCUGAUUUUUACUGCAAGCAGUUUGAUUUCCAGCCAAAGCAUGUAUCAUGUUGCUUUAAGCCUCUUUGGAUGGGCUCCACAAAGAACUUGACUGUACGAUGUCUGCAUCUCCACAGUGGCCUGUUGUUGAUUAUAUAUAAAAAAAGAACUAAUAAAGUUAUCAUUUGUAGCCUGAUUCUCUGUACAGACAUCAUGACUAUUGAAAUAUACAUACAGGUACAUACAGUAUAUAUUUAACACAAACUUGGGUUCUGAUGGGUCACCUGGAUGCUUGGGGCGUAUAUGUACAUAAUGCUGAGUGUACUGUAUUAAACAUUUGUUUUUUUUAAUGGUUUACUUUGUUGCGUUAAGACGACUGUAUAGUGAUGUAUUAAACUUUGCAAGCAGUACCAUGAAAA